GAGUUCUUUUUCCGCAUCCGUCCUUUUCUUCCUUUCCAAAAUGGCGACACGACAGCAAAUCCAACACGUGCAGUGUUUUGGCCGUAAAAAGACCGCAACCGCCGUCUCCCACUGUAAAAGUGGAAGAGGUUUAAUAAAAAUCAACGGCAGACCCAUUCACUUGGUUGAACCACAAAUUUUAAGAGCGAAAUUGGAAGAACCCAUUCUGUUGUUGGGCAAGGAGCGCUUUAGCGGCGUGGAUAUUAGAGUUCGCGUUAAUGGUGGUGGUCAUGUAGCUCAAGUCUAUGCUAUUAGACAAGCUAUCUCCAAGUCGUUAGUUGCUUACUACCAGAAAUAUGUUGACGAGGCUUCUAAGAAGGAAAUUAAGGAUAUUCUGGUUCAAUACGACAAAUCUCUUCUGGUUGCCGAUCCACGUAGAUGCGAACCCAAAAAGUUUGGAGGUCCAGGAGCAAGAGCCAGAUACCAGAAAUCUUAUCGUUAA